AUGGCGGCCGAUGCUGGUGCAGGCAAGAACAGUGGAGAGAUAACGGGUGGUAUAACUUCGCCAGAGGCUGCUACAGUGACGUUCAAGUGCUUUGUGGCCGAUGCAGAUGACAUCCGACGGCUGGUACUUCCGCUCGUGGCCGGUGGCCGGCUGGGCAUGGCCGAGCUGGGCGCCGCGCUGGUGACCGAGUACGGAGUGGCGCCGAUGCGGGUGCGGUAUUAUGACGGCGACGGCGAUCUGAUUCUGCUCUCGUCACAGGAGGCACUCGAUGCGGCGCUGCAUGAUGCCGCCCAGCGCGAGCUGUCCAAGAUCCUAAACCUGGUUCUGGAGCUCCCGGCGGGGUUCGGGGCGCGGGUGCCGCCAUCGCCAUGGGCGUGGGCGGCGGCGGCAGAGGAAGCGCAGCAGGCGACAGCUUCGUCGACACUCUCGAUUGCCACCCGCCGCUCCGUCCAGAUGCUGGGCGUGGAUGUGCCCGAGCCUGCGAGCGCGCCAGGCAUUGUCUCGUCAGAGACCUGGUCGCUGCCUUCGGGCGAGGGUGCGGCGCCGAUGGUGAGUCACGGCACGCUGCCCGAAGAGUCCGAGUCUGACGGCCGCGCAAUUGUGCCGCUCAACCCGAACUUUGGGUGGAAGAUUGGCACGAAGAUGCUGGGCAAGGGCUCGUUCGGCUCCGUGUAUCUCGGGCUCACCGAUGACGGACGAAUUGUUGCUGUGAAAAAGGUGGAGCACUCAAUGUGCGACUCGCGGGCGCUGGCGCGGCUGCAGGCCUUGCGCGAGGAGGUCAACAUCAUGCGCCGGCUGCGCAACCCGCACAUUGUGCGGUAUCUGGGUGCCGAGGUCUCUCAGCCCGACUCGGCCAUCUACAUCCUUAUGGAGUACAUGUCCGGUGGUUCGAUCAAGGCGCUGCUCACGCGGUUUGGCUCGCUGGCGGAGCCGCUUGUCCGCAAGUACACCAAGCAGAUCCUCAUCGGCCUCGAGUACCUGCACUCGCACUCGAUCCUGCACCGCGACAUCAAGGGAGCCAACAUCCUGGUCGAUAAGGACGGCGUGGUCAAGCUCGCCGACUUUGGCGCGUCCAAGUUGCUGGAGGAGGCCGAAGACGGCGCACGGUCGCUCAAGGGCACGCCGUACUGGAUGGCACCCGAGAUCCUCAAGCAGGAGGGCGCAUUCACGUCGGCAGACAUGUGGUCGGUCGGCUGUACGGUCAUCGAGAUGAUCCAGGGCAUGCCGCCGUGGGCCCAUCUCCACCACCGUGCUCUGCUUCUUAAGCGGGUGUGCGAGGACUGCGAGAGCCCGCCGCUGCCUACAGGUAUCUCGCCCGAAUGCAAGGCCUUUCUAGACGCGUGCCUGAUGUUUGAUCCGUCAGCGCGGCCGACGGCGCGCGAGGCCCAGUCGCUGGCCUUUGUCGUUGAUGUCGCCGUGCCGCUGGUUGGCAAGCGAACAACGCCGCGACUGGCCUCGACCGGCGACCUGCUGUGGGUGGCCGACGCCGACGCUGACGCCGACACCGAGGGCAAUGGUGCUCCCUUUUGUAGCUCUGGCCUGUCACCGGGCUCGCGCUCGGAGACCAUCUCGUUCUCUGUCUCGGUUCCAUCGCCGCGGUCGCUGGUCUCGACCUCGCACACCGCCACGCUUUGCUCUUCCGGCGCGUCCUCGUCUGCUGAGGACGACGGGACGCUGACACUGACGUCAGGCCCGCCACUCCCGUCGGCCUACCGUGUCAACGACACACUCUCGGAGCUCUCAGGCGAUGAUGGCGAGAGCUCGGGCAUGACCGUAGUGUUCUCGCCGGCCGCUGCAACCAGUUCCGUACCACUCAGUCCAGGCCGGCACCGACGGACCGAGUCGGAGCCGGAUCCGCACGCACGGGCAGUGGCAGCCGCCGCAGCGGCGGCAGCAGAGCCCUGCUCGCCGUCGGCGCUCACGGCGUCGACCACGGCGUCAGGCUCAGACUCAAUGCCCUCGCCGCUGUACAAGCGGGUCACCAACUUGAUCAGUCCGAUGCGGCGAUACUUUUGGCCAAACGGAGACGGCGAGCUCGGCGACGACGCACCGGUCGGCCCCAGCGGCGGGACGGAGAGGACUCCGCUGCAUCGCACGAUUUCCGAACCGGUGCGGCUCUGCGCGCCACUUGUAGGCGCAAGUGCGAGUGCGAGUGGAUCCGGCGGCUCUAGCUCAGGUCUAGGUGCCAAUGUCGAGGGCGGUGGCAACGAGGAGGCGGUCAACACGUUCCUGCGGACGUCGGUGCGGGCCAAGCUCGAGUUUGCGCGGCGGACGCUCGGCUCGUUGGCUUCGGACGUCUUUGACUCUGUCCACGCUGAGCUGCGGUCUUCGUUCACGCGGCCAGAGACGAGCGGGCGAGUGUUCACCCCUGAUGCGCCGCCGAGCUCCGCGCCGUCGCCGGCCGGCGGUGCAAGUGGCGGGCGUAGCGAGGCCGAGACCGAGAAACUGCGGCACCGGCGCACCUUCUCAGCUGGUGGGACGGUGUCGUCAUGGGCGUCGGCGUCGGCGUCGGCAUCGGCGUCGGCGUCAGCGUCUCACAUCUACGACGGGUAUGAGGCAGCAGCAUCACUGGGCGGAUAUGACGACGCCGGCGAUGUGUACUGUGCGCGACCGAACGAACUCUCGUCGUCAGACGGUGUGAUGGAGGUAGUGACCGACGAUGAGCUCGAGUUUGACACGCCAUACUUUUCAGUGGACCGGCUGGUCUCACCUGUGGCGGAGCCGACCACCAGCUACUACGAGCCAAACGCGCGGUUCACCUGCGUGCUCGACAUCAAGCCGCGGACGGUCAAGACUGAUCUCGGCCUUCUGGAGAACGCCGUGCGGCUCAUUGCCAUGCCGUCGCUGGUAUGGGGCAUGUCUUCGUUUGAGCCGGUCGCCUACGGGGUCGUCAAGUUUCGCGUCGUUGCCACGUUUGUCAGUGACUUUGUCGGCGUCAGCGAUCUCGAGGAGGCUGUCCUGGCUUUUGAGCACUACGUCCAAUCGGUCGAGGUGGUAGCCGUCAACCGGCUCCCGGGCUCUGGCCCGUCUACUCCACGGGUAGCUUCGCCAACCUCGCCACCUGCACUUGCUGCACCCGAUGCCAUCGAGGCCGUGAUACUGUAG